UUAGACAGAGCGGAUAGCACCAUCGUCGUAUGUUCAUCUAUCGGCAUUGUGCAUUAUGAGAUCGUGGUUUACAUUGAAACACUCAAUGCACAGAAUGUCACUGUGCAAAAUUGAUUUAAAUAGCGCUCGGUGCUUAAUACAGGAUUGUCGCUUUCUCUGCGAUAGGAAUAAAGGACACGAUCACUUUGUCACGAUGAAAAUAGCGUCAGUACUUACAUAAAUAUUGGUACGAAAUGAAAAAGAAAAAGCAAACGUCGGGGUGGUGACCCGUCGUUGUAAUAGAAAAACUUUCUUGCAUCUCGCUUUGUGAAGUAAAAUAAUAACAUGGAAACAAACAAUUUCAAUUAUAUAAAAUGUCAGUGUGCGACGAAUCCUAACUUGAUGGGUAAAUUCAAAAGAGAUUGUACGAAAGAUUGAGUAAUACAAUUAUUUAUUCAAAGUGCAGCAUCGAUCAAAAUUAAUUGGAUCCUGCAUAAAAGACCGUGAUUUUUUUUCAAGCGAGUCAGAUAAGGUCCACAUUUGCUGGUAAAGCAAAGAAAAAAAUCAUCACUUAUCAGUCAAUUCCGCAGGAUAAAAAUGACUCAUAAUGAGAGUCGUGCCAAUGAAAGCAUAUUCUCGUCUUCUAAUAAUUCCGACAGGCUAGACCUAUUGAAUGCACGGUAUGCGACAUUACUGCCGUUAACGAUAGUGCUAGGAUUAUUCGGGAUUGUAGGAAUCGUGGGGAACGUGUUGGUGUUCGUAGUGUACGGAUGCGGGAAACAAUUCAAGGAUAAGAAAUUCAGAUACUAUGUGCUGUCUCUCGCCUUGAUCGACCUCGUCACGUGUAUGACCUUAAUUCCGGCGGAAAUGCUUAAACACCAACAGUACUUCAACUUUACUGGGAGCGUUUGGUGCAAGAUAAAAUGCUUCUUUAACGUGUUUGCAGCUGCUGCUUCAUCCUACUGCCUCGUUCUGGUCGCAAUAGACCGGUACAUGCUCACGUGUCGCCCAGUGGUGUUCUGCAAGGUACGGAGCAUUUCACAUGGUCUUGCCUGGCGUCUAUGUCUCAGUAUGCUGGUGCUAGCCGUCCUGACGUCACUUCCGUCCUCAAUUCUCUGCGGAAUAACGUCGGAUGUAUUGAGGCUUAGCGACGACCAAACGAUUUUCGUCAAUCUAUGUGAGAUUGAGCCGUAUUGCGAAUAUGGAAUAUCGAGAUACGUUUAUCGAAUAUCACUGGGCAUUGUGCAAGUUACAAUAUCCGCGGUCAUGAUCGUCCUCUACGCGCGUAUCGGCUUAGAAGUGUGGAAAGCUGUGCGGAUCCGAGCUGCGCAUGACGUGGAUUUGACCGCGCUGAACCACCACCACCACAACCACGCACAACAGCCUUACCAUAGGGCCGUUGUCCCAGCCGCCGACAUCCACCACCACCAGCCUCCUCAUCAGAACAUUCCUAGUAACGUGAAGCUCCUGUUCGUAGUGACGGUGAUCUACAUCGUAACGUACAUGUUCUAUUUGGCGCUCUCUUGGGUGGACCAGACGCGCCUAUCCCAGGCUCAGUUCUUCGCGUUCUCAGUUUUCUACAGGGCUUAUUUUAUUCACAGCAUUAUCAAUCCGCUACUCUAUCUGAAAAUGGACACACUCUUCCGCCGGCGGUGCAAGAAGAUUUUUUCAACGGCGUUUCCAUGUACACGAUAAUAUUUGUUGCUGAAGAGCACACAGAUAUACUUGCUAAUACUACUUGUUCUGGUUGUAUACAAACCAUGUGUAUUCCUCUUUGGUUCUUGGAUCGCAAUAUAAAUAUGGCCUUUUUGUUUAAUACUACUGGUCCCUGGUAAUAGAUUAACCAUGUUUAUUCCGUAGGCGGUGCUUGGAGAUAUUUUCAAAGGCUUUCCGAAUAAAAAAAUGAGACACUUGUAACACAUCGAAUAUUUACUAUACGAAGAAAGCGUAUUGAUCAUCUUGAUUCUUAAUAUAUUGAGGCUAUCUUUUUAUGCAAUAACCAUGAUUCGUAUAAUUUAUCAAAACCUAUACUGUCUGUGUUCUGAACACAUAGUAAAAGGCAUGGGUGUAUAUUAAAAGUGGUAAAAUGA